UAAAAAAGAGAAAAUGAUGUAGCAGUAAAAGUAUAGACAAAAAAUAAAAUGAAAGUAUAAUAAAUGAUAAGGAGCACAAAAAAAACCCAGCUUAGAGCACAAUGAUCACCAAGAACAAUGCUGCAAUAUCAUAAAACACUCACCUUCUCCUGACUAUUCACAGCCCAGCUUCUACCUUGUCCUUACUUCUAUAUAAAAGGUAGGUAGGUCUGCUGUCAUGUUCAGCCAUUUUGCCAAGCUGUUAACAUUUCUCCUAGAGAAAUAAAUAUCCUCUCGCUUCCCAUAUGUGUCAGCCCUAGUAACAAUGAGCUCUGCCUAACCUAUUGUUCUCUGUACAGUAGAGGAGCAAAAAAAAUAAAAAUAAAGAAAUAAAAGAAAUAAAGUGGGGUCAGUGUGCUUCACACUGUAGAAAAGUAACAUUUUAGGUGUAGUAGAGCAAAUGAAUGUAGAUUGUGGCUGGCUGUAAGUUCUUAUGUAUCUGGAACGGUGGGGUCUUUGGUGUCAAAACUUUGAAGAUUAAUGGAUUACUUUGUUAAUGACUUAAGGCGUCAGAUUUUGGUUCUUUAAAUGAUUUGUGUGUAAAACGCCUCCCUGACAGGCAGAAACAAUGCAGUGAGAGUGCAGAGAGGGAGAGAGGAGCAGCCACAGCAGCAGGCAGCAAGGCAAAAAGAGAUUAAAAAAAAUAAAAAAACAUCUCAAAAUCUAUUUCAUGUAGGGGGCUCUAGCCUUACAGAUAAAAUGUGUAAAUAAAAACCUUGCUGGCUCACAAUGAGGCGUUCCUUCUUGACUUUUUUUGGAUCAAUCACACAGACAGUGGCUUCUUUUGAUUAAACCCCAAAUUGUCAUUGGGCAGGAGCAAUCAUGUGACAAGCCAAUUCGGUCCAAUUUCAACCUUGUCUCCAUGAAUUCAAUAGUUUAAUAGUAGCACAGUCCCCAUACGGCUGUAAUCAGUGAAUUAGAAAAAAAAAACACCAGCAAGGAUUUUUAUGAUUUUUUUUUUUCGUCGUCCUUUACAGGGGCCUUUAAACGUAAAGGUAGGGGCGAACUUUUUUUAAGAGGCUUGGAGGAGAGGGCCAUGAAUUACGAAUUUGAGCGAGAGAUUGGUUUUAUCAAUAGUCAGCCGUCGCUUGCUGAGUGCCUGACAUCCUUUCCCCCUGUCGGUGAUACAUUUCAAAGUUCAUCAAUCAAGAGCUCUGCGCUUUCACACUCGACACUUAUUCCUCCUCCUUUCGAACAGACCAUCCCCAGCUUGAAUCCAAACAGCCACCCUCGCCACAGCCGACCCAAACAGAGCCCAAAUGGCAACCACGGCAGCCCAGUACCGGCGGGCUCCCUUGCUCCGGAAUACCCCUGGAUGAAAGAGAAGAAGGCGACCAAGAAGCCCCCAGUGCCUCAUGUGACCAUUGCCCCGGCCACUGCAGCCUGCCUCAGCCAGAAAGAAAUCAUUGAAAUUCAGGAUAACAGUGGUGGAGGGUCCAGGAGGUUAAGGACAGCUUAUACCAACACCCAGCUUCUGGAGCUGGAGAAAGAAUUUCAUUUCAACAAGUAUCUGUGCAGACCUCGAAGGGUGGAGAUUGCAGCCUUGCUGGAUCUAACCGAGAGACAAGUCAAGGUUUGGUUUCAGAAUAGGAGGAUGAAGCACAAACGCCAGACUCAGUGUAAGGAGAACCAGAAUGGGGAAGGUAAAUGUCAAAGUUUGGAGGAUUCUGACCCAGUGGACGGCGACAAGGAGAAGUCUCUGUUUGAGCAGGCUCUUAGCAAUGUCUCUGGGGCUUUGCUGGAGAGGGACAGCUAUACGUUCCAACAGAACGCCUUGUCCCAGCAGCAGCAGGCUCCCAACUCCCACCAUGGGGAAUCUCAGACUUUUCCAGUCUCGCCUUUAUCCAGCAAUGACAAAAAUCUAAGACAUUUCCAGCACCAGUCACCCACUGUUCACAACUGUUUAUCGUCAACAAUGAGCCAGGACUCCACAGCUGGCCUCCACAUAGACAGUCCUGAGGGCCUAGAUGUGGCUUCCCUAUCAGACUUUAACGUCUUCUCUUCAGAUUCCUGCCUUCAGCUCUCAGACACGGUGUCCCCCAGCCUGCCCGGAUCUCUAGACAGUCCCGUAGAUAUCUCAACAGACAGUUUUGAUUUUUUCACAGAUACUUUUACCACCAUUGACUUGCAGCAUUUGAGCUACUGAUUAAAAAAAAAAAAAAAAAGCUUAUUUUAUGUUUUUUUCAGUUCAAAAAUCGGUUUCUAUUUUAUUUUUAUUCUUAUUUUGUUGCCCUCUAAUCGAGUCAAAGAGCCAUUGCAGUAUUUAAUGACCUUUGCAUUUUAAAUUCUGUUGACCUAGAUCAUUGGAAAGCAAUAACCGAGGCCUCUAAGAAAGUGACUACAUAUGUAAAUGUAUCUUCACUUUCUUUUUAUUUUUGUAUUGCAUCGUUGUUCAUAUAAGUAUUUUGGUAGAAUAAAUGAUUAUAUCAUUAUACCC